AGUGAUAGUUUGCAGCGGCGGGUAGCCUUUUACCGACCCCGCUUUAAAAAUUCGUUCUACAGGUGUCGUGCGGUCGCGUGUCCGAUGUAAAGUCGAGACUUUUCUACGAUAUCAGAAGUUCUGGACACAAUACUCGUAUACCGGGACUGACAUUGCAGUACUCCGUCACGAUGAGAUGGUCGACAAAGGCAUGUCUAAGCGCAAUCCUGCUCCUGCUGGUGUCGUCGACGGCGAACACUAGUUUCUGGGACACCAUUCCAGUGGUGUCGCAACUAAAGUCGGCCGUGCAGGCGAUCGCCGGCGACUCGGAGGCGGCGCGGCAGACACAAAUCAACUUCGCCAACCAGAUGCCGGUGGUAUCGCAGAUCAAGUCGGCCGUGGAGGCGGCCACCGGUGACGAGCAGGCGGCCCGCCGCACGCAGAUACACUUUUUGAAAAACGCAGAGACACUGGUAGACGGUACGCCGGUGGUCGGCCACAUCAAGGGCGGCAUACACAUGUUGGCCGGCGAGAAGGAACGCGGGCUGGACAUCAUCCGGGGCGCGACCAGCACCACUGGCGCCGUUAUCGGCGGCGUGCUGGGCGGACCGGCUGGCGCGGUCGCCGGUGGCCUGGCCACGGACGUGAUGAUAACGAACAUAGAUACGGCGGUCGCGGCCGCUAACGACGACGACCCGCAAAUCAAACCGUACGGCAUGGUCGAUUAUCUGAUGAACAUCGACAAGAAGUCUGUCGGCGAACACUUUGACGUGAUCACGGGCAUGGGCGCGGACGUGGCAGGCGGCAUGAUGGCGAAAAAAACCAGUGGCGGUGGUGGCAAAUCGUCCGCGGCGACGAAACCGAACAAGCCACUGCGAAUGACUAACGUCGAUCAGUCAAAACCCAUAACGUUCGGCGCCGGAGAGGGCAGCCGAACGCAACCGGGCGUGACCACCAUCGUCAGGGAUGGUGUAGAGGUGCACGCCAACAGUGUGGCGAUCAAGGACGGGAUGGAGGUGAACAAGUUCGAACUGGAGGUAGACCGGCCGGUGCAGGUACUGGACGACGCGGCCGAGUACGAGGCGCUCAGGCCCAAGCCCGGCGACAAACCAUUCAUGUCGGUCGCAGUCGACCUGGACAGCCCCAUGGUCGAGCGGAACCUGCACCCGGCCCAGUUCGACAAGACGGCGCUGGAAGUGUCCCGUCUGGGAGGCGGCGGCGAUGGCCAACGGUGGUUCACCCCGUUAACCGGCCUGGACGUCAAGUACCUGGACCGGGUCCGUCAAGUGGACUUCCGCGUCAUCAAUGACGUGGGCGGCACGACCAACUGCUACUUCUGCACUGCGGCCGCGUUCAAGGGGUGCUCGGUGAGCACGCUAACGACCGCCUAUCGCAUCAAGCCCAUGAGCGUCUGGAACGCCGCGUCCGUGGCCACCAUGGUGGACGUGUUCAAGCGGAUCGGGCUGUCAGGCACCACGUUCCGCCAGUUCGCCGACCGCACCGCCCUUAUAAACCACUUGGACGCGGCCAUCGCUCCCGGCAACAAGGCUUCGUACGCACUGGCCUAUGUCCACGCCGAUGGUGACCACGUGGUCUCGCUGCGGGCGUGGAAGAAUUCGUCGCCAAGCUCGCCCGUCAGCACUCUGAUCGCGGACUACCAGGCGCCGUUGCCCGGCAGACCGUUUUCGGACCGGUUCAAAGCGUCCGUGCCGGCGUCAAACAAUUACUUCCUGUUUUCGUUCGAAAAGGAAUACUUCAACACAGAACCGUUCAAUGGUAAGAAACUCAGCGGCGACAACAGCAUCAAACGGUUGGCGACGACCGACAUCGAGAGCCCAGACGUCGCGAAGCGUAAACUCGAGUAGGUAAAUCGACACUUGGAUCACAUAGGUACAAGGUACGCACAAUGCCGCAAUUAAAACGGGGGUACUGGGGGUGCCAACACCACCAAGGGGCCUCAGUUUAUAAUAAAUUGGGGUCCUGAAAUUUAUAAAAUAAGUGUAAAUUUGAGAGUAGGCAGUAAACCAUAAAAGCUUUAAUAUAAAUAAAAUUAUUUAUGAUUUUGCUAGUCAUAAAGCAAGAAAAACAAUUUUUCGUAAGUAAAUGCUAUUUUGUAAAACAUAUUUUAAAUUUUAACCACAUAGGUGUGUAUAAUAGUUUUAUUAUUUUAUGAAUAUCACUUCAUUUACUCAUAUAGUCAUUUGUUUAUAUAUUUUAUAGUGAUGAUAUGAGUCUCGUAAAUUUACGUUGUAAAAUUUUACCGGUAACUGGUAAGGUAUUAAGUUAGGUACCUAUUGUAGAUGCAAUACCUAAUUUUGGUAUAGGUGGUCAGGUGGUGGCGUAGUGCCGUAGCGAAUAAUGGUGAUUGGUAGUCCUUAGGAUGUAGCUAUAAAUGUUUGGUUAUAAGUGCCUACAUACAAUUUGUCCCGUAUUUUAGUGUAAUAAAUAAUUCACUUUUAAUGUUAAAUUUUAAUAUGAUAUGUGAUACCUACUCUAACGUAGGUAAUGCCUUUCGGCUAGAACCGCUAACAAAACAUAUACUUCAAUACUUCAUCAGGGAAAAAUAAAUUCAGAACACUUAUAGAUAUCAUGAAAUAAAAAUGAACUGAUUGCAUAAAGCAUAACAUAAAAAAUACUUUACACUACUUUUGAUUUACCAAGUGUUAUAAACUUGAAAACACGUCUACUUAUUAUUCGUCUAAAACGUAAUUUCUAAACAAUUGCACUGGUUUUAUGCUACACAUAACACAUAAACUUGGGGUGCCUGACUUGGACCAAAUCAAUUUUUCUUGUUUCAACUUCAAACCACUGUCUAAAAAAAAAAUGUAUGCAAGAGAAACGUGAAGACUGAGGACCGUACUCAACAUUUUAGCUUCAAUGUUGAGAAAUUAGAAUUUUAUGAAACAUCAUGGUUAUUGGCAUCGACGACCGUUUAUGAUUAAUUUUGGUGUAGGAGGCCCUACAAUUAUAGCUGUAGUGGUUCACGGACUUACAGUAAACGUGUGGGUUCCGCAGUUUCCACUUCCACUUACCUAUGUACGGCUAUGUCAUUCAUUGUAACUUGUAACGCCAAGUAUGUAGAUAAUAUCUAUACUACCCAGUGCCGAAACUACAAUUUUGAGGCCCAGGUGCCAGCUAAUUUUAGAGGACCCUAAUGCCUCUUAUUGUCAGUGGUGUCUAAAUUUUGAGUCGUUGAUGAAUAAAUGACCUAUGAUUUGAUGGGAGGGGGUAUACAAUAGUAUUCAAAUAUCAUACACCACAAAAUUAAAUAUUUAUAUGCUACUUUCUUUUAUAAUUUCAACUUCCACUCUACCUCAAAAACUUUUGAAACCUAUGGAACAACUUAGUUGGAAACAGUGUAUGUUUACAGGAUAAUAAAUUUUGUUAAGACCAACCAACACAAAGACAUUUUACGAUAUUGUAAUUCUUAGGUGAGUUAUGAGUAUGAAAUUAUUAAAUAUUUGAAAAUGAUCAUAAUUCACUUAAAAAUUAAAAUAUCGUAAAAAGCCAACGAGAGAACACAGAUAAUGUUCUUACCUAAAUGUUGAUAAUUUUUUUCAAAUUCACUCUAAUAUUAAAACUAAAAGCACACUAUUGAAACUGGUGAACGAAAAUUUAACAUGUGGUACGUGUGUAAGACAAAGACAACACAUUCGGGUGAGACGUCCUCUUAAAUAAUUUUUAGUAAUUUUUAAUUUAAAAAAUGAACGUUCUGCAUUUGCUACAGAGACGGCAAGGCCGUAACUGGGAAUUAAUUUCGGGGGGGGGGAGGUUGAACCACCAAACCCCCUUAGGUACGACCUUGAGUGACGGGCAGUGUUAGGAAAAUAAUACAUGCACUGAAAAUAUCUUUUAAAUAGAGGCCACAUCAUUGUCUAAAUGUCUAAUAGACACUGCAAAAGAUUUUUUAUGCUGUAUAUUGUUUUUAAAGAAUCUUUAAAUAUAUUUUUAAUGCAUAACAUUUGUCUAAUUAUAUCUGUACUGAUGUCAUUUUUAUAAAAUAUUUGAGCCAUAAGUUGCCCUUACAACAUCAUGUUCACUACACAUUAAAUUUGUUAGUUACUUCGUAUAAACCUGUGAACCUUUCUUUAAGUUGGACGAUCGCUGUAUGUUGUGGGUACAGAAACUGUAACAAAGAUUAAAAACUAACGAAGAUUUUCAUCAUUUAUAUCAAGCCUCCUAUCUAUAAAAUACAAACUAAAUCUAUACUACCAAACACGUAUAACAAAGACACAAAGUACGAAAACAAACGUUAACAAUAAAAUAUAAACGGUUGACGGUUCUCAUAAUCGAAUGAUGACUGAUGAGUGUUUAGUGUUUACUUAUUAAAACUAUUCACGACCUAAAUCGUGAUAUUACUACAUUAUAUAAUCAUAUAAUUUGUUGUGAUUGAUGAGUGUUGGCCCGUAUGGUGUUUCCAGUAUGUAUAAAAAUAGCCUUUCGGACGACAAUAUAAUAUCGCAUAAUUAUUAUUAUUUACAUUUUACGCUGAUAAGGAUUAAUUUUUUUUUAUAUUAUAUUUUGGAAAUUUGCUUAUGUAUAUUAUAUACAAAAAAAAAGUUCAUACAAAUCUGAGGCCCCGAUACAUACAUUUUGAAGGCCCCUCAGGCGGUAGUUGCGGCACUGAUACUACCUAUGUUCCGCGCAUGAAAUGUAGGCACAACACUUACAUAUGUUUGCGACGGUAUGUGCGGACUUUUAUGAAGUUGAAUUUAAAAUUAUUAUUCGUUGUAAAAUUAAUAGGUAGUUGAAUAGGUGGAUGAUUUUAUGAGGCUUGCUCAAAGAGUUUUAGAAACUUGAUUCUCCUAAGAGUAUAUUAUAUUUAUAUGUUUACCUACUGAUCUACAGAUUACCAUUAUAUUAUUAUAAUUAUGACUCGUGGUAAUUUUGUUGCAAAACAGCCAAAACUAAAUUCAAAUCAAUAGGUAAUCACUAUAAAAUAAUAUUAUAAUGUAAUAGUAUAGACUACCUACCUAUUACUUAACCCUACACUGCAUAGUGUAGACAUUUGGCUACAUACCAAUAAACAUUUUUUAAUUUAUCGUUGUUUUAAAAGUAUUAUUAUCCCAUUUUUUAAUUUUAAUUUUUUUUAUAUUAUAUCAAUAAUCAAUAUAUCUAACAUUCCCCCCUCCCGUUCUUUCUCAAAAAAAUAGUUUAAGUCCCCGACUUUAGUUUUUGACGUAAUUAUACUUCAAGGGUAACAAAAUUAAAGUGAUAUAUUUUUUUAUUUCUAUUAUCUACUGUAAAAAUAUUUUUUUUUGUUCUGUACGAGACUGUAGAAAGUAACAUAUGUAUGUAACUAAAUAAAUAUUUUAUCAAAAUUAAUGUGUGCCCUUUAAAAAUCGCCCCCCUCCCCUGUUAUCUUGGUCUAGAUCCACCCCGGGUCCACAUAGGGCGAUAAUUAUACUUUCACUAGUUGUACUAAACUCAAUAUAAAACCAAAUUUAUAGUUUAUACUCAUAACUCAUGAGCUGAUUGUUACAAUAUUUAAAAUAAAUAUUUUAGUGUUGUAAUUGAAUUAGAGUUAUAUCUACUCUAGAAGAGUACAAUUGAAGAUAAAUACUUGAUGAAAACGUCAAUUUGUCUAUAAACAAAAUAUAAAAAAAUAUGAUGUACAUAAUAAAGGUGCUAAUCUGUUUAA